UGUCAUCAGCGACAGCGACGGCGAUCCAAGAUAUUCAGACUCGACCAGUGUAGGUUCUUGCCAGUGACACUUGAACAGUUCAUUGGACGCAUAAUUUAUUCGUAUACCAGCGGUUUGUUGGUCAGACACACUCGAUUCUCGUCGAUCGACUGUGCUUCUCUUGUUUCUCGUUGCUAACCGAUUUCGUCCGUGUCUUCCUCGUUGCGCUCCUACUACGCCACAUAAACAUGGAUCAACUGGUAGCUCCGACGCCCCAGCCUGCUUAUGGUGCUUCAGGGGAACAAAACGUCGAUGUUCUUGGCCAGCCAUGUUUCCGGCAGCCUGCGCCUGUCGCUUACGACGUGCCCAUGACCCCACCGAUUUCUCCAGGUCAUAGUGAGAAUGGUAGCCGCGAUGCCUUACGUGCCGACCAGGAUAUGCAACCCGACUGUCAACAGGAGACACCGUGUUCUACAAGCACCGCAGCUGAUUCAGGCGGUGCUCGUGACUCACUGGAGUGCUGCUUUACGCACGAGAAACACCCACCGACGCCCCCUAAUAAACCCCCGCGCCUACUUGAAGACGAACCAGUUGGUCUUGCGGAACCUGGUGUACUGAAAUUAAGCGACUUCGAAGUAAGGGGGACCCUGGGUACAGGAACCUUUGGGCGUGUGCUUCUAGUCCGCCUGAAAACUAUAACUCCUGGGUAUCACAGUAUUUUCGCCAUGAAAGUGCUGCGCAAGUCGGAAGUAGUUCGCCUUCGUCAAGUCGAGCAUGUAAAUGCCGAAAGACACAUCCUCUCGCGCUUACGGCAUCCAUUUGUCGUAGAUCUAUUCGCCACUUUUCAAGAUAGCUUGAAUAUCUACAUGUUGAUGUCUUACGUGCCGGGAGGAGAACUUUUCACCCACCUUCGGAGAGCCCGCAGAUUCACUCCUGACGUCACUCGCUUUUAUUUGGCCAACAUAAUACUUGCAUUGAAAUAUCUUCACUCUUUCAACGUCAUCUAUCGCGACCUCAAACCCGAGAAUCUUCUUCUGGAUCCAUGUGGCUACCUUUGCUUAACAGACUUUGGAUUUGCCAAAGUGGUGGACGAUCGUACUUGGACGCUCUGUGGCACCCCCGAAUACCUUGCUCCAGAGAUUAUCUUGUCAGAGGGCCAUGGGAAGGCUGCUGACUGGUGGGCCUGCGGGAUUCUUUGCUACGAGAUGCUUGUCGGGUACCCACCAUUUUUUGACGAGACGCCCUACGGUAUAUAUGACAAGAUUCUCAAUGGAAACGUUCACUGGCCUCGGAGCGUGGACAGGCCAUCCCAGGAGCUAAUACAAGCUUUCUUGCGCCCAGAUCGUAGCAAACGCCUUGGGAAUAUGAUAGGUGGGCCACAAGAUGUCCUUGAACACCCGUGGUUCCGUGGUGUUGACUGGGAUGCUCUUGAACGUCGCGAGAUUAAGGCACCAAUUAUUCCCCAUACGACAUCUCUGGAUGACACCAGACACUUCCUCCACCUCCCAUUCCCGUCGUUGCACGACAUGCCAGGUCUUCUCGCGGAAGAGGACUCGCCACCUCUGCACAAAUCACUCCAAUUCCCUGAUUUCUAGCCACACCAUUUCCAGAGCGGAUCUUCUCGCCAAAUCCUGAUUAUUGCACGGUCGUUUCUUGCCAUCUAGUUUGAUUUUCCUCAUAAAUCCUGGAUACCCUAUUAUCCCUUCCCUCACUAACCAUUUAUGCUGUUACUUCCUUUGACAUUGCAAACCGUCUGUGUAGCUUGAUAUUUCAUGCUGUAUCAUUGUCUCCAAGUUUCGAGGCUUGGCAGUUUACACCCUCCGUUUUUUUUUCGCGUCUACUCGCGAGCUAGUGACAUCGAUGUGUAGAUUAUCCGAAUAGCGUUUUGAUUUGUCAUUGUCGAUUUCAGAG